GCGUUAGGAAGGCUACACUUCACUAGCGAUCUCUAAGGGGACAAUAAACAGUGAUCUGUUCACAGGGAGGGCUGUGAAGUGCGUGUGAAAAGGGCAGAGAGCUUUAUUCUGCUGCCUUGAGAAAAUAAACGGGGAUAGACUACUAUUCCAAUCGUAUUUUAGAGCGACGAUGGGCAUACCUAAGACAGAUAGGCACUGCUAGUUCCGUUCUACUGAUAAAAGUAGAAUUUGGCGUACGAGCUGGUGCAUUCCGCGAUAGCUCCUCUACGCACAAAAAGACGUGUUCUGCGCUUGGUGCAGAUGAGUCGCAGAACACAAGACAGGUAGUUUGUCGUGUAAACCAUGGUGGUUUUACAAAAAGUACUUUGUGUAUCGUCCUAAUGAAAUUGAAAUAUAUAACUUCACAACUAAUAGUGAGCAAUUCUGAGUUUAUGUUGUCAUGAAGGAUACCGGAGAAUCGAAGGACCACCAACUAACAGUGGCCUUGCGAAUUCGGCCUCUGAGCAAUGUAGAGCUGGAGGACGGAGCCCGCAUAGUGGCCCACAGAGUGGAUGACCAGAUGGUGCUGCUGAAGGACCCUCUGGAAGAUCCGGACGACAUCCUACGAGCUCAUCGCUCCAGGGAGAAGACGUACAUGUUUGAUGUGGCCUUUGACUACACAGCCACUCAGGAGGAGGUGUAUAGAGCCACUACUAAAGGCCUGAUUGAGGGCCUGAUUUCAGGAUACAAUGCCACUGUUUUUGCCUACGGACCCACAGGUUGUGGGAAGACUUACACUAUGCUGGGGACAGACAAGGAGCCUGGCAUCUAUGUACGCACUCUUAAUGACCUAUUCAAGGCCAUUGAAGAGACCAGUGAUGACAUGCAGUAUAGCGUCUCAAUGUCUUACCUGGAGAUCUAUAAUGAGAUGAUCCGAGACCUGCUGAAUCCAGCUUCAGGGUUCCUGGACCUGAGGGAAGAUUCGAAGGGUGAGAUUCAGGUCGCAGGAAUCACUGAGGUGUCCACCAUCAACGCCCGUGAGAUCAUGGAGCUGUUGAUGAAGGGAAACAAACAGCGGACACAGGAGCCGACGGCGGCCAAUCAGACGUCUUCGCGCUCACACGCUGUGCUGCAGGUGGCAGUGAAGCAGCAGAGUCGCUGCCGGGACAUCCUGCAGGAGGUCCGCUUUGCCCGCCUCUUCAUGAUCGACCUGGCCGGGUCCGAGCGCGCCGCACAGACCCAGAACAGGGGACAGAGGCUGAAGGAAGGAGCUCAUAUAAACCGCUCUCUGCUGGCGCUAGGAAACUGCAUCAAUGCUCUGAGCGAAAAGAACGGCAACAAAUAUGUCAACUACAGAGACAGCAAGCUCACACGCCUGCUUAAGGACUCUUUGGGUGGGAACAGUCGGACAGUGAUGAUAGCUCAUAUAAGCCCUGCUUCACUGGCCUUUGAAGAGUCUCGGAACACUCUGACUUACGCUGACCGUGCCAAAAGCAUUCGCACACGGGUAAAGAGAAACUUGCUGAAUGUGUCUUACCACAUUGCCCAGUACACCAGUAUCAUCUCUGAACUGCGCAGUGAGAUUCAGAGGCUAAGGAACAAGAUCGCUGAUCAGGCGAGCGGGCAGCCCAACCCUGACCGAACAGACAUACGCCAUGUGCAGGCGGAGGUGCAAGCUCACUCUACGCAGCAGAGCCGAGCAGAGAUGGAACAACUGAGGGAGCAGCUGAUCGAAGCCUUCAGACAGCAGAUGGAGAUCAGGAAACAUCUGAUGGAACUGGACAACACCAACAUGGAGAUCCAAAUAGACACUUCCAAACACCUGCUCACUAUUGCAGACUGGGAGCAGGAACGCAGCAGGCACUGUAAAAAGUGGCAGGGUGAAAGAAGGAAGGAGAGCUUUCACAAGGAUGACAGUGAGAAAGACUCAGACACACCAGAGUCUCCUCCAGACAGCACAGAGCCUCAGGAGGUGGCCAUGGCUAGAGAGAACCUAGUCACAUUGAUGACUGAUCAGAAGAAAAUCUCCAAACAAAAGGCAGGGCUGGAGCGGCAGCUGGGUGAGCUGCGGGAGAGGGCGCGACGCCUGGAGGAGCUGCUCCCCCGGCGGGUCAGCUCUGAUGAGCAACGGGAGGUGUUGGGCCUCCUGUGCAAGGUGCAUGAGCUGGAGAUCGAGAAUGCAGAGAUGCAGUCACACGCCCUGCUCAAGGACAAUGUCAUCCGGCAGAAGGACGCGGUGGUGCAGCGCUUUGAGCAGCACCGGCAGCUGUGCCACGAGAUCAUCCGGCAGCAGCGGCGGUUCAUCGACGACCACAAUCUCCUGGUGCCGCCACAUCUUCAGGAACUAUAUGAGCUGUACAUUCGGGACCUGGACGAACGUAACCUGAGUCGAGUAGUGGCUCUAGACAAGGUUGCCAUCCACACUCUGAAGGAGGGUUCCCUUCCCAAGAUUGCCCUCCCUAGCAGAGGACGUGACCCCUUGCAGGAGUUGGACUCAGACCAGGAGAGUAUCCGUACACUGGGGUCGGAAACUCGACAAGGAAGGGUCAAAGUGCGGAGGCACACUUUGCCACCCAUUCUCCCAGAGCCUGAUAGUGACAAUAACCGUGUGUUCAAAAGCAGCACACAUGCCAAGCAGAUGAAGAAAUCUGUGGUGAUGACUCCUCCACCCAUUCACAUUAGUGGACAUGGCAAUCGAGAGUUGUUGCCAAGUGCCCUAGAGGGCGCUCUGAGUUAUAGCCUCUUGAGCCACAGUGUAAGCAGCCACCUGGACUCUUCCCCAGAGAGCAGUGAGCAUGGAACUGAAGCCCCCCUCACACCUAAAGAGAGACAGCAGAUUCUGAGAGGCAUGCACAGCAUUGUGGUGAAAUCCGCCCGCCGGCGCUCCAAAGCGCUGGAGAUUGAUGCCCUGCGCCUUCCUCCUCCGCCCUCUCCACUGGACCCGAAAAACAACAAGAGCAGUUUGUCUUUGAGCGAGGCAUCCCCAAAAGGCCUGGUAUUGCGUCGCGGUCGGCAACCCAGCCCCGAACUCCGUCACGCCACCUCUGAUGAUAACCUGUCCAGCAGCACAGGCGAAGGCCCUGCCCCUAAUAGCACCUGGACCCGCCCCCGGAACCGCCAGGCCAUGCCCAGAAACAAUGCCCCACGGGAGCAGGAUUUUGAAGCUCGCCGGCGCAAGCGAAGGUCUCGGUCCUUCGAAGUCACUGGGCAAGCUCUGACUCAGGGGAAGAGCACCAGCCAGCGUUUCCGGCCUCUUGAUAGCACUUCUGACCCCCACCUGCAUAUUAAUGGUCAGCCUCCUGCUCCCCUCCUGCGCCCCCAGUACAGAGUUGCAGCUCAUCUUAGCAAAGUUCGACCCUCCCCCAUUAACCAUCAAACAGGCUCAGUGGCAGACACGUCCUUGGCCAACCUCCCCGCCCAACUCAGCAACCUGAAACGUGGCCCCCAAACCAGGCACCCACAGCCUGUACUCUAUGUUACCACUACAGGUGCAGGAGGCCAGCGCAUCCGCAAACACUGAGGAGGCCCUACGUUGCCCUCUCUCUUACCCAUCAAACCAGAGCACUACGUCAAGAUGAAGACUGAACAUGCCCCAACACCAGCACUAACAUCCCCUUCCCAGAGCGUGAACUCCCAGCUGGGACAGCUGUAUGGUUUCCCUUCAUCCCAGUGGCUGAGCUGUAAGUAAUUGGAUCUCCACUAUGAGCCAGAAGAGAAACCUUUUUGUUGCCUUGUGCUGGGUACAUUGGAAAGUGGUUCAGUGGGAAUCCUGCAUAUCCUGAUGGGGCUCUCCAUGGGCAGCCCUGCCACCUGCAUUCCAGUCUGGGUAUAUGCUGACAUCCUUGAAGCUUGUCUCCAGCACACAAGCACUACCUUCUUCUGUAAAUCCAACAACUUAUGUAUUGAUUGUCAUAGGUUCAGAGGCUUCGAUCUGCUAAAACUAAGUCUGCUGAAACACAGUACUAAUACAAGAAUGGUAAUUUAAAUUUUGCAAGCCCUUUGGUUUAAUGUGUGAGCAGGCCUUAUGGGGUGGUGUUGUGUAUGUGUGUAAGUAUGUGUGUAUGUGUGUGGAUGGGUAUGAGUGUGUAUUAUGUGAUUUUGGGAAGUCAUAAAUAAAAGCACCUUGAAAACCUACUGUAGUUUAUUGAGGCUAAACGCUGACCUUUGUUUUUUAUGACCCCAGGCACAGAUAUAUGUCUGCUUUCUCCACAAAGGACUAGUAUAUCUCACAGCUCUUGUGUUUGCAUAAGGAGGGGCACUGGUUUUUACAGUUUUCUUCUUGCCUCACACACAUGCAAGGUGUGGCUCUGGGGUUGCUGUCAUAGCUUCCUAGUCACAAAAGAAGCUUCUGUAGAUAGAUUCCUGUGUGCCACUCCUGUUAUCACUGUUAGUGUUAACUUUAAGCAACAAAUAGGCUUUUUACAUUUCUUAGUCAUUUGCCAGAUGUUCAUACUUCAACUGAGUCUCUUUUGUGUAUGUUGUGUGUUAAUAGUAUCAAGACAAAUUCAACAUUUCUGAGCCUCAGAGGAUGUUAUAAAUUCUCACUUUUCUUUGAUGUUUAAAGUUUGUGUUUUUUCAUAUGCAUAUGAAUAUUCUUUUUCUAUUCUUA